AUCGGUACUCAGUUGUAAGAAGCUUCAAGGGCAAACAUGAAUUAAGAGAAAUUCGAAAAUUAUUGUAUUCUGCCAUGGAGUUUCGUUUCUCAUCAUCUCCCAUGGUGCUAAGUCUUAUCAUCAUCAUUUCAAUAUCUUUGAUCCUAAAAUUGAGAAAGAGACUCAUCAAAACUAACCGCAAAGCCUCCUCAAAGAAUCUUCCACCAGGGCCAUGGAAGCUUCCAAUUUUCGGCAGCUUACACCAUCUCCUCGGUGGUCUUCCACACCGCCGCCUAACAGAGUUGUCCAAGAAACAUGGCUCCUUGAUGCAUAUUCAGCUCGGAGAGACAUCAGUCAUCGUUAUUUCCUCCCCGGAGAUCUCGAAACAGAUCUUGAAAACUCAUGACACCGCCUUCGCUCAACGGCCUCAAAUCGUCGCCGCCGAAGUUGUAACUUACGGUUACAUCACCUUCACGCUUUCACCCUAUGCAGACUACUGGAAGCGCAUAAGAAGAAUUUGCACGCAAGAAUUGCUCAGCGCAAAGCGCGUGCGAUCGUUUCAAUCCAUAAGAAACGAAGAAGUUUCUAGAUUAGUAAGAUUUGUUUCUAGAAACAUCGGUUCUGUUAUCAACCUUAGCGAUACGCUUCUCAAUUUGACGUAUAGCAUUACUGCGAAGGCGACGUUGGGUUCAAAAAGCAGUGACCAGGAAGCGUUUAUUUCUUACAUGAAGAGAAUUUUGAGAACGAAUGAGAAUUUCAAUGUUAGUAACAUCUUCCCUUCCCAAAAGUGGCUGCAUAGGAUUAACGGAGCCAUGCGUGAAUUGGAGGAUAUGCAUAGAACAAGUGAUAGAAUUCUUGAUGAUAUAAUCGCUGCAGCAAAAUCCAAGACUAUUAAUGCAGAUGGUACUCUUCUCUCUUUUCUUUUGAGCCUCGAAGCAGAUAACGGCACCCCUGAAUUUCAAUUCUCAAGAAACAAUGUUAAAGCUCUUCUUCAGGACAUGCUACUUGCUGGGAGUGAGACAUCAUCUUCAACUAUGGAAUGGGUUUUUUCAGAGAUGCUAAAAAAUCCAAGAGUGCUAAAAAAGGCACAAGCAGAAGUUAGAGAAGUUUUCGGUAACAAAGGUUAUGUGGACGAGAAUGAUCUUGGGGAACUUCAAUUUCUAAAAGCAAUUAUUAAAGAAAGUAUGAGACUACAUCCUCCAGGUGGUGCUUUACUUCCAAGAGAAUGUCGAGAAACUUGUGAGAUCAAUGGAUACACAAUACCAGCAGGAACCCAAGUGCUUGUGAAUUCAUGGGCAAUUGGAAGAGAUCCCAAGUAUUGGAAUGAAGCAGAGAAAUUCUAUCCUGAGAGGUUCUUGGAUAGUGAAAUUGACUACAAAGGAUCCCAUUUUGAAUUCAUCCCAUUUGGUGCAGGAAAGAGAAUGUGUCCUGGCAUGUUAUUUGCUCUACCAAACAUUGAACUUCCACUUGCACAAUUGCUAUACUAUUUUGAUUGGGAUCUUCCCUUUGGAGUUAGUCAUGAGAAUUUGGACAUGAUAGAAGAUUUUGGCAUUACUAUGAGAAGGAAAAAUGAUUUAUUUGUGGUUCCCAUUUCACAUCAUCAUUUGCCACUUGAAUAAUAAUAAUUAGUAAGUAGUUAAAAAGAUGUUUGGUAAUUUAUCUUUGCAUGGAUACUAAUUACCAACUAAGAAUUUUGAUAAAUAACA